AUGUCUUUCCAUCUAAAAGACUAUUCUCAACACCCACUCAAUCGGCCUCUAUCCAAAAUCACUCAGCCACUACUGCUCAUAACAAUCCAGUUGAGUUUAUAUUGUUACAUGGACCCACCAAUGUAUUUUUACUAUAAACUCACCCAAUAUUAUCUGACAACUAUCCAAGUCGUCGGGGUUGUUGGCACCAUACUCGUCGGCACCACGAUCGUUAAUAAAUCGUAUGUCAUCAAGAUCAUUCGACCCCUUCCAACCUAUGUUGCUUCACCAGUAGUGUCAUCUAUGAUCAGAAACCAAUCGGCUAACAAGAUCAUUCGAUCCGGUUUACAGCCAGUCGCAUCUUCUACAUUACAUAUCCAGACGCAAACUUGGUUUAACCUGGUCAAGACACAUACAAUAAAUAUUUCCGAUUUGCGGUGCAGAUCAUCUGGGGUCAUUCGGACGUGGAUGCAUCUACCGGGUAGUCCCAACUCCAGAGGACCGCUUAUAUUUCCAUUACUGGCUAAAAGAUUUAUUUUGGAAGUCGGGCCAGAUAGCUCACUUGAUUCCGAAUUGAAAUGCAUUUUGGACACUGUCAAAGUGAACUCUGGAAUGACUGUCAUUCCUGAUCAACGUGUGUCGAUUGAGCCAGAUUCUACUGAAUCUAAUUUUAAAAGAUGA